AUGGAGUGUUUCCAAACAAGUAGAAGCUCCACAUCUUCUGUUUUCGAAAAUAACAAGUUGAUUUAUAUUCACUGCGUCUCCAAGGAGAAUUUCAGCGUAACGUUGAAAGGCUUUACAUGUAUUUCGCUGAUCUGUCGUGAUAUUCAUGUCAGUUUUCUGGAUUCGAUGGACGAACGAAGAAGAGCUCUCGUCCCUGUGACUGUUGAGAAUUCUACAGUAGACGAUUUAUUUGCUGGAGUAAGAAGUCCUGUGUUAAUUCGAAUCAAUUCUUCUUGUGAUAUCACGGUAAGUUGUUAUAUGUGUCAUUAAACUUUUUCUCGAUGAUUCGAAUUGGUUCUGUACUCGCUCGAUCUGCAGCAAGAAAUGUCACACAUGACAUGUUGAUGGAGGCGAAGGAAAUGUGUGAUAUUCUUAAAUAAAACCACAAUUGCCCUCUUAUUUAAUUCAUUUUUUGUUUCUUUUAGUGUCUUGACUCAGACAAUCUUCAAGGAGAUGGCCUGGACAGAGUUCUGAUUUGGUCUUUGGAGUUAAUACCUGCUCCAGCCGCACAGUACGUGAGACCCAGCAUUGUUAACGAUUCCCCGCUCAACGAAUAUUUCCCACCAGUUGAACUUGACGAAUGCCCUUGUAACUGUUCGAGUUUGACGGUAUUCUGUUUGGUGGCAAUGGUUGCUGAAACCUCUGAAUGUUUGGCAUCUGCUGCAACCGAAGAUGACAGUCCAGUAAUGAGCGAAAAUGAGUGUUCCCCUCAAGAUGAUGACAGUGAGAAUUCUGACGAAAACACCGACUCUGAUCCAGAGGAAGUGGAGUAUUUCUCAGAAACGUUUUCAGUGAAAGGGUCAUUCUGGGCGACUAGAUAUCAGGAUGCCCUGAAAAAAGCUGUGGACCUAAAAGCCAAUGGAGUUAAUGUCCCUGUUAGGGCGUCCUUUGAAUCAAGCAAUUUGAAAGACAAAAAUGCAAUAACAUUUGAAGUGUUUGACAGUACAGUUUGGCUGGUCAUUGGAUAUUGUGGGGUUGAAAAAAUUCCCAAGCUUACAAAAGCAAUAAAAAAGGACGAAAUUAUAUCUUUCAAACUUUGUUAUAUAAAGAGGCAGUGGAUUCCUAAGAUCAGUGAAUUUAGGUUUUAUGCUGGCGUGACUAUUAUCAAGAAAGAUAGGUGGGACAAAAAUGACAACAACAAUCAGUAUAACAGUAACUUGUCGUUUCUAUUUGAAUGA